GAAAUGCCGUUAUAAAGCAAGAGAUAGAUAGGAGUGGAGCACCAACACAACACAACAGUCACCAACCCAAACAAUAACAGCGAAGUGUGUGCGUGCGUGUGUGUGUGUGUGACGCGAUAAGGAAUAACAACAACAACAACAACAACAACAUUAAUAAGGAGUGUACUUUCUCAUGCGAAAUUAUGUAGAGGUCCUGAGUGAAUAUAGCGAUGAAGAAGUGAGAAAAGCAAGGCGAGGCUUGGCAUGAGCUGUGGUGUGGUGGUGCAGGUCACUCGGUGGUGAUGUGGCAGCGCCAGCGUGUGUGCCGCCUCAGUGUGGACAGAUUCAAGACUGCUGACCUGUGGAGGAGGGCGGUGAUGUUUGUGACUGUGGCAGGCAGAGGUGGUAGCUAUUAUCAGUCCUUGGAAAACAAACUUGAGGUUGAGGAUGAACACCAUGGCUAACCAGUCCUCUGUGGAGACCCGCAAGACCAUCAUCAGCCUGAGUGUCCCUGAGGUGGCAAGGAAGCUGGGGUUACCUGCCACCAGUGUACAGACCAUGGGGAAUUACCACCAGUCCAUCGUCAACAGGUCACAGCACAAAGACCCCAUCUCUCUGCAGUACAGGGCCAUUAUAGAGGCCAUCAGGGCCAACCCCAAAAUCAGCGCUGCACAACUCAAGAAGCAGUGCAAUCUUCCCUUUUCCCUUAGCACUGUCACGAGGAGGAAGCGCAAACUUCUCAAACACCUUGGCUUUGACACACCUCCUGUGCAGGACGGCAGUCCAGGACAAAUACUUAAGGCAUCACUGACUGGAGCUUCUGUCAAGAGGAAGAUUAGGAAAGACAGUGAAGGCAGUGACAACUCUUGCCUGAAGAAGAAAUGUACACUGGAGAGGAGAGAUGAGAUGGCUGUGGAUAUGAAGCAGGAGGAAAGGGAGGAAGUGAAGAUGGAAGUGGUAGAAGAAGCACUGGAAGAGGAGAGAGAUACAUUUGAUAUGACCACCAGAGUACAAGUAAUUGAUAGGUGUGUUAUGGCAAAUUCCUGGGCACAAGGCAGCACAGAAGAUGACUCGGACCACAGUAGUGGCACAGAAUCAGCCAUCCUGCCUCUGCCAUCUCCUGAAGGACACAGAGAUGAUUAUAGUGACACAGGACCUCCACAUGUCCCUUUGCUGCCUCCUGGAGUUGACACACUGGUGAAGGAAGGACUGGUGCUUACUGAGGUAGGAUCUGUCUUACCUGUCGCCCCUCCCAAGCACCAUCCAGUCAUGCACACAAUGAGUCUUGGUGAUGGAAGUAAUGCAAAACUCAGAACCUUACCAUUUGCUUCUCAAGAUUCACCAGCACAGAAGAGGGUGAAUCCUGGUGACUCAGACCCUGGAAUGUUAUCCCUGGUUCCUCAUGACUCACCAGCACAGAAGAGGGUGAAUCCUGGUGACUCAGACCCUGCAAUGUUAUCCCUGGUUCCUCAUGACUCACCAGCACAGAAGAGGGUGAAUCCUGGUGACACAGAGCCUGAAAUUGUAGUGUUAGCCCCUGCAGAUCCUUUGGCAGGGGAAUGGGUGAGUACUAGUGAAGAUGAGGCUGAAAUCUUGCCUCCUGAAGAUCCUUUGGCACCAAAAAAUGUGACUGUCAAUGCCUUGAAACCUGCACUGGUGUCUGGAGCCUUUGAAGGUGAGCCACUGGUGCAGGAAAGGUUAGAAAGGUCACACCAAAGAGAGAGUGAGGAAGGGAGUGAGCAGUUAGAGACGGGAUCCACUUCUGUACCAGUCAUGUUGGACACAGAUGACAUGAGUACCUCCAUUGUGGUCCUUGAUUCUGAUGAGGAUGUAGUGUCUCUCUCUGACUCCGAUGAGGCUAAGGAGUGCGAGGCGGUGGAUGGGGAGGAGGGUAGGAGGGGUGUCAGGGAUGCUGCUUUCCUUGACAGUGACUCCUCGUGUAUUGACUCAGAGGAUGAUGAAGUACUGCUCCACGUGUCCAAAACGAAUGUGAUUAAGGAAGUGCCGUGGAAUUGGAAAUCAGGUGACUUUCUGCCAAACUUAUUCCUCUUUAAAGUCUUCAGGAGGGAAGCUGCAACCACCAGGCACAUAGCAAAGAGCAAUACAGCGCUUCACAUCUUCCUCUACUUCUUUGAUGCAGCUUUGGUGGAUUUCAUUGCUCAGGAAACAAACAAGCAGUACAAAUAUGUCACUUGGUCCACCCUGCAGUUUUCAGAUGUGACGAGGGAUGAACUAUAUGUGUUCUUGGGCCUGUGCAUGCUGCGGUCACACCUCAGCAACGGCAGCAGCAGGAACUUCUGGAAAGCAGUGCAAGACAUUUAUUCUUCCAGCCGCUUCAACGUGAUGACCGAGGAGCGCUACAACAUGAUUGCCAAGAUGCUUCACUUCUCAAGCAGUCACACGCACCACAGUCACACCAAGGACCCCCUCGACAAAAUAAGGCCAGUGUUCUCCAGGCUGCAGAAGAAGUUCAGGGACGGCAUCACUCCUUCUAGGAACCUGAUGAUUGAUGAGAGCCAGGCACUGUUCACCAGCUGCCUCAACAACAGCCUUUCUAUCCCAAGCAAGAAACACGACUAUGAAGUGAAGACAUACGUGCUUUGUGACUGCAACACUGGCUUUGUCACUGACCUCCUCUUCUACUCCAGCAUGAUAUCAGGAUUCAGCAGGGACUGCCAUGGCACUGUGGGGUCCAUAGUGAAGACCCUGGUGGCACCGCUGUACGGCAGAGGACACACACUCUUUGUGAGUGACUGGUGCUCAAACCCCAAGCUGUUUCACUUCCUCCACACCAAGAAGGUUGGUGCCUGUGGGACUGUGAAGCCUGGCCUGAAGAGUUGUCCAAAGUUUGACAAUAUACCAAAGAGAGAGAGUGUUGCUUACCACGCCAAUAAUGUCUUGGCCCUGAAGUGGCAGGAGGAGGAGCCUUUGCAUGUACUGAGCACCGUCCAUGGCUGGGAGGCGGCAAGCAAGAGUAAGCCCCUGGCAGUAGUGAACCACAGAAACGCCACCAGGAGAUUUGGAGUAGCAGACGUACAGACAGACACUGAUGAGAUUGGGGUGUCCAAGUGGUACAAAAAGCUGUUCUUCCACCUGCUGGAUUUGGCUGUGCUCAACACCCAUGCCCUGUUUGACCCCAAGUCCGGAAUGAAGCCAAAGUACCGAGCAUUCCACCGGCAGCUGACUGAUCAGAUACUCAUGGCGUUCAUGCUUAAGACCAAGGGAACUGAAGAGUGCCGUACUAAACGCAAGGCAGAGGAGGCGAACAAUCCCCUGCGAUUCAAACUCUCCAUGGGACACUUCCCUCGAAAACAUGGCGAUGGAGGCAGCAAGGUGGUGGAGAGGUCACAGUGCUGCGUUGUCUGUCUCAAAAGCAGAUCCCACAAACCACAAGAGGUACAAACCAGGUAUUACUGCUCUGUGUGUAAUGUUCCUCUGUGUGUCGUACCUUGCUUUGAGAGAUACCACACUGUCAAAGACUUCUGAGAGCUGUGUGUGUGUGUGUGUGUGUGUGUGUGUGUGUGUGUGUGUGUGUGUGUGUGUGUGUGUCAGUGAAGGGUGAGGUGUGGAAUAUUGGAGUGUGAUGAUACCAGUGACCAGCGAGGAGGACUGAGUCAGGUGUAUUAAGUAUAGACAGAUUGGCCAUAUUUUUGUAUUUAUAGGAGUAAGAAUCAUGAAAUCCCUUUAUAAUUCAUUUUUUUGUUGCCAUUGAAGGGAAGGUCUGGCAGAGAUUGUUCCUUCACCAAAAAGUAAAGAUUAAUUUUAUAUACUUUUGAUUUGCGACUGUUUCACCAGCAGAGUCCAUGAAAGAGUUACGCAGACGUGUGCUGUUUGGCUGUGAACCAUUUCUCAUAUUGGCAUCUUAGGCAGACAGUUAUUAACCUAACACUCAGACACACACAUACACACACGCCUUGACCCACCACCAGUGCCACAAUCUCCUCAGCUUCCUCCUGCAAUAAUGAAGCAACAUGAGAGAAUGAGAGAAAACAGGGAUUUUUCAAUGGUAGCUAAAGUAUUGUUAGGUGUUCCCCUUUCAACCUCCUUCAGUACUGGGACAUAUUUUUACAUUGAGAUUUGUGUACAAUUAGUAAGGCUCUUUGGAGGUCAGAAGAUUAAUGGCCACAGUCUUUGCUAUUCUAAUCCCCACAUGAGUUUCUGAAGCUGUGAAAUCACCAAAUAGUAAUCAGAAUGACGAUGGAAAUGGGUCAUGGUAUUGAAGGAGUGAAGAAGUUGUAGUGGGAGUUAGUGGAGUUCUCAGGGAUGUCUUUUGUUGAUGUUUCCAGUGAUAAAUGAGGACUGUGCUUCAUGAAGGUGACAGUCCACUAAUCCUGAAUGAACCUUUUUGUCCCUUCAGGCACGGCACUGUCAGUGGACCUUUUGUCACACUGUUACUCCGAGCCAGUUGUCAUGUGGCUCUAGUGAAUAAAAGUAAAUCAAAGGCAGCCAGUGAUGUGAGAGGCAGUGGAGGCUGGUGGCUGGUGGCUGUGAGGGGGUCAGGGGUGAGUGGUCAAGGAGUCAUGGGAUGAGGGUCUUGGGGGAUGAGGGGAUGAUGGGGGGUAUUGGCUAUAAAAUCACACCGCUAUCUUUCCAUGGAGUGUGUUCUUGUGCCUGCUUCGCCUCACCUACCAGAGUUUAUUUGUAUUUUUCUUUGUUACUUUAUCAGUGGGCUCUGUUUGUGUGUGUGUGUGUGUGUGUGUGUGUCAUUAACAUUGUUCAGAACACUUUUGUUCAAAGAGUAUGUUGUGUUUUGUUUUUUGUUUUGUGUCGUUUAUUGUGUCAUUCCAUUGUCACUGCCAUACCUAAAAGUGCCUCAUCCAAUUGUACAAUGAUCUAAUUAAGUAUUCAGUAACUUUCA